UGUCCGUCUCCCGGCCAAGGUUGAAGAUCUAACGGUUGUCAAGGGUGUGGAAGCAGAUGCGUCGUACACACUCUACUCGUACACAGCUGGAAGCGCAAUCCCGCUUGUAUCGCGUCAGACCCGAUGGACGUCGGUUCGUGAGCUCCCCUUCUUCAGGGAAUGGAACGGUCCAGCUCCUCGGGAACGACUUACAGACGAGCCUCUAGAGGGAAAGCUUGAAGUUGGUGAACCAUCAAACGUUUUCUUGAACGAUGCAGAGCAGCAGCGCAACAGAGUGACGUACCAGGAAUUGGAUAAAGCUGAAGGUGAAGAUCGUCCUCUUGCUUCUAGUUCUAGUAGUACCGCAAGAAAGAACUGCACACGCAGGACUGCUCCACCUCGGUCAUCUACUUCGCAGUCGAGCACCCAACCGCCUCCACAAUACUUGCAAUGGGCAUGCGGGAACAUCGAGCGACUUGGCAUUUACCGUUUAGAGCGCGGCUUUGGCGAUUCCACUGCGGACGCACUCUGCGACGAAAUUGAGGCGAUGCGAGCGCUGUUUCGUAGCAGGCGCCAAGAAUUCGCACAGCGGGUUGAAAACGGUGAACGCAUUCCCGAAGGCAUGAACUUGAGUCCCCUGCAUUCCAGAAACGACGAUCGUUUAGCCCGUGGUCUCCUUCGCGCAGCGGAAGCGCACCUGGAAGCAGCGUUGUCGACUAAGUCUGCUGAUCUAGUCAGUGCUGGAAUUAGUCGUGGUACAUCACGCGGCUGUUCUCUCAAUAUUUUAGGGCAAACCCACGACAGGGGAUCAGAAUCUCAAGACCUGGAAACCGAAGUCUCAAGUCCACCACGAGCAUCUUCUGACUCGAGCACAAGGAGAAGUAGCGAAACCCCGUCGACGACAGCAUCAAGCAGCGACAAGGAAUAUUUUUGCGACACAGAUCCUGUUGGUCCUUGCAGAACCCCUCAGCGCCAGGCCCUCUUUAUUUCAUGGCGCACACGUGGUAUCGGAGAUGGGCGCCGCACUUAUUUGGCACAUUGGCACACGGAUUUUGACAGAUUUGAGUAUCCAACUACUAUGUCCAGCUGGGGGAGGAAAGACGAGGCGAAACUUCAGUCCGGUAAAGAUAUUCGUUGCAACAAUGGUGAAGAGGUGAUUGAAGAGUUUCUUCUAUCGUGGCUACCCCUGUGGCUACGGCGUGCAGAGGAGAAGACAGCUGAGAACAGAGAAGAUGAAAUCGCAACGACUACAACGUAUUCAACACACCAGAGACCUGUUCGUUUCCAUGAUCAAGCAGAUAGCAGUGUCAACGAGGAAAAGCAACACUAUUACGGCAAGCUGCGAACCCGAGAGCCCGAUCGCUAUGCGGCAUUAAUUCUCGAAUUGCGACAAAUGCUUGAGCGCCAUAACCAUGACGUUUGCAACCUAUGGUUUACUCUAGACCACGCGGGAUCAUCUUUAGGCAGCACAUUGUGUGUCCAGAGCUCAGCGAUAUUCACAGACUCAGCGCAAGACGGGCGAUUACUUGACGAAUAUUUCUCGGAGCAUGGCUCGAAAGUUCCUAGUCUCGAGGAUACUGACAUGAUCGCCGCAUUACCUGAAGGCACAGCUGAUAAUUCAGAUUUUGAAGUCGCAGUGCUUUUUCGCUCAAUGCAGCACUCUCACAGAAGUUGUGACUUGAAAUAUGGUGCCGCAGCGGAAGACAGCGAUGCGGAAAAGGAAGAAUUGACAGCAACAACGUCAACACGUUCGUCGGUUGUUGGAAAAGAUAUACCUGUAACUCAGCGAAACAACAUGGAGGCUCGCUUUUUAGUUCUCGAUGAAGGAGGGCUAGAUGCUCUUCGAGAUAUUGGACGGAGGCUCUAUCUCGAGUUCUUUGACACAAUAAACGAAACUAAAGCUACACAAAAUUUACCAUGAAGAUGCGCAUGCUUCCAAACCCUCUAUGUAUACGAUGAAGUUAUGCUGUACGAAGCGUUGAUGUUUCUGUCCCCCUGUUCCACUUUUGGACCGAAACGAAACUCAAGGAAUAUGC